AUGGCAGACACAGAGGCGGAUGCUAUCGACACUGUCAGCGGUGUAACUAAGAGCUGUGAGGGUUCAGGGGGCACCGGCUCACCAGAGGAAGAGAGCCCGGACAGACCUGAACAUGGAGCCGAAGCUCCGUUCACUAAGGACCUGAAAAGCGUCCUGGUCACCAGCGUUUUGAACUUAGAAAAGCUGGAUGUAGACCUGUACAGAGGGACGCAUCACUGGAUACCACGCAGCCAGCGUUUGUUUGGAGGUCAAAUAAUCGGUCAGGCCCUCGUGGCCGCGGCCAAAUCUGUGGAUGAUAACCUCUAUGCCCAUUCUCUGCACUGUUAUUUUGUGCGAGCAGGGGACCCUAAGGUUCCGGUGCUGUAUCAGGUGGACCGCACGAGAGAUGGUCGUAGUUUCACAGUGCGCUCCGUGAAGGCCAUCCAGCACGGGCAGCCAAUACUGGUCUGCCAAGCGUCCUUCCACAAGCUGCAGCCGAGCCCUGUGCAGCAUCAGUUUACCAUGCCGGUGGUCCCUCCGCCUGAAGACCUCCUCACUGUGGAGGAGCUUAUUCAUCUUCAUCUCAAUAAACCAGACCUGUCGGACAAAUUAAGACAAGGCCUGACCAAACUGCUGGCUAAUGAGAUCCCCAUUGAGAUAAAGCCAGUCCUGCCACUGCCCUCUUACAGACCUGCUGCCUGUGAGCCGAAGAAGCUGUUCUGGGUGCGAGCACAAGGAUAUAUUGGUGAAGGCAACAUGAAGCUGCAUUGCUGCGUUGCUGCAUAUGUGUCAGACUUUGCAUUCCUGGGCACUGCACUGUUGCCGUACCCCAGCUACAGGGCCCAGUUUGUGGCCUCUCUGGACCACGCCAUGUGGUUCCACACCACGUUCCGCAGCGACGAGUGGAUGUUGUACGAGUGCGACAGUCCAUGGGCAGGGGGCAGUAGAGGACUGGUUCAAGGCAGACUGUGGAGAAGAGACGGGGUCCUCGCUGUGUCCUGUGCCCAGGAGGGCGUCUUGAGAGUAAAAUCCCUCAAAGAGCCCAGCAAACUUUAAACACAUUCCUAAGUCUAACUUAUGUAUAACUUUGAUGAUGUCAAUUUAUUAAUAAUUUUAUAAAUAGAUUAAUUUAAUGUAAAUAUAUUGAUUAUAGGAUUUAUCAUAUCUGUAUCAAGAACAUGCUAAAUCUAAUGUUCUUGGCAGUCAAUAAAGUAGAGGUUCUAAUGGAGACAUGCUUCUCAUUUGUUAGAUGAGAUUUUUUCUUUGAGCUGCUGCUCAUGACAUACUUUUAUUUGAUAUUCAUCAAUGUCGAGACCAUAUUCUACUGUAAAGAUCUGCUUAUACUUUUAGUGUCCCUGAUUUGACACAUCGUUUUCUGUCAACAUAAGAAAUACAAAGCAUCUAAGUUUGUUUCAUCAAGCUUUUGGAAGUUCAUCACACAAACAUAAGAGCAACAUUGACACUUUCAGUGUGCUUAUAGAUAUAUAAUAAUACAAUAGUGGACAGAUAUCCUGGCUUGCUUAGUUGUGAUCAGAGGUGGAAAACUAAAUUUAACAUUGAAAACAA